CCGCCGCGGUCGGUGAUGACGUGUAUGCGCUCACGCGUCCCGGAAGUGAAGGUGUAGCUGGAAAGAGUUUGGAAACAAACUAGCGAUCUUAUGAGUUCAUGUCAAUCCUUUGACGGACAGGCUAAUAGUUGACAGCGCAGUGAUUGACAGACAGUGUGUGAUGAUGUAUCGCUCCGUCGCCGCGUGCGCGCUGAUGCUGUUGAUCCUGACAGUGUCUGAGAGCGGCGCGAGGAUCCACCAGCUCAAACUCAAGAAUGAGACGCGGUUCGUCGUCCAUUUGAACACGUUCGGUUAUUUCGCUAACGGCACUCUGGACGUCCACCUGGUGUCUCUGACUCUUCCGCAGGUGAAGGGCAAUCUCCCGGUGGGCUUCAGUUUGGCUCGGUCUCGAGUGAACGGGAUCCUGUCCUUCACCGCUGAGGAGAUGGAGGAGUGCCUGCUGAUGAAGACCAAGAGUGAAGAUGAACUCAUCCUCUUCCUCAUCGACACUGAGAAGCACAGUGUGCAGGUGAAGCACAUGGGCUCUUCUGACCUUGUGCUGGUGUCCAGACUGAAGCUGGAGAAGAACACGGAUGAAGUCAAAGCGAGGAGGAAAAGGGAAGAAGCACCAGUCGACGGAAAGCCAAAAGAUGAUGGGACAGAAAAACAGAAAGAAAAUUCACAAGUUCAGGCCAAAGUGACGGCUCCUGUCAGCAGCGCCGUUAGCAAGCCGGUGGAGAGUUUGAACGGAAAGACGCUGGAGCUGGAGCAACAGGGAGAAUCCUACAACUUCAGCUUUCGUCUCGUCAUGAGCGCGCGCUCACAGGGCCUGUACAAUCUGGACUUCCAGAACUGCAACAACAUGAGACAGAGGACGCCGAAUCCAUACUCUCUCCAUGUGGAGAUCACGGAGAAGAAUCCCAACGGUUAUCUGUCUGCGUCUGAUAUUCCCCUGCCGCGCCUCUACAUCUGCAUGGCGGCAAUCUUCUUCACCGCCGCUGUGGUGUGGACGUACACACUGCUCAAGUACAGGUACAGUGUGUUUAAGAUCCACUGGCUGAUGGCGGCGCUGGCCUACACUAAAGCCGUGUCUCUGCUGUUUCACAGUAUCAACUAUCACUUCAUCAACUCUGAGGGUCAUCCUAUCGAAGGCUGGGCCGUCAUGUACUACAUCACACACCUGCUGAAGGGGGCUCUUCUGUUCAUCACGCUGGCUCUCAUUGGCACCGGUUUUGCCUUUGUUAAAUACAUCCUGUCGGACAAAGAGAAGAAGAUCUUCAUGAUUGUCAUUCCUCUGCAGGUUCUGGCUAACGUGUCCUAUAUAAUCAUCGAGGAGACGGAGGAGGGAGCGAGUGAAUACACUCUCUGGAGGGAGAUCCUGUUCCUGGUGGAUCUCAUCUGCUGUGGAGCCGUCCUGUUCCCUGUCGUCUGGUCCAUCCGGCAUCUGCAGGAGGCUUCUAACACGGAUGGAAAAGCUGCCAUGAACCUGGAGAAGUUGAAGCUCUUUAGACAUUAUUAUGUGAUGAUCGUGUGUUAUAUCUACUUCACGCGGAUCAUCGCUAUACUGCUGAAGGUCACUGUGCCGUUCCAGUGGCAGUGGUGCCAAGAGUUUUUAGUGGAGGUUUCUACUCUGAUCUUCUUUGUCUUGACGGGAUUCAAGUUCCGUCCAGCAUCAAAUAACCCGUACCUCCAGCUGCCUCAGGACGAGGAGGACCUGGAGAUGGAUGAAGUUGUAACAGAAUCGGGAGCGCUGGAAGGCAUCCACAAGGUGAAGAAAACGUCUAACGGCCGAGAGAGACAAAGAGAGGUUGCGUUGUGAGUUUCAUAUCGAAGAGGGUGGAGCCUGGACUUUAAACUCCUCCCCUUUCAAAGGUUGCUACCAUGGUAACCACAGACUCGCUAUGCAAGUGAAAUAAGGACGGAAUGGGGAAAAAAAAAAAACGUGUGAGGAUAAAGUGCACCUGACGCGAUUUCCGUCAGAUCUCCAUGAGAGAACGAGCUGAUUUUCCCAUACGGACUCUGGGACGGCGGUGAUAGACCGGAUCUUUUGCUUUGGUUUACAGUAAUGAUAUGGUCACUCUGCUCUAUCCGUUAAUUUGUUCGCUAAUUUUUUUCUUUCAUUCCAAAGAUUUACAAUCAUUAUACUGGAUGUGCUCAAUUAAUUUGAUUUUAGCCUUCUUUUAUUUCCUAUUAUUAUUAUUUAACCAAUGCUGUUUUUUUUCUGAAUUGAUGCUAAUGUUUGUAUAUCAUGGUUUUGUGUAAAAUAUUUUAUUAGACUGCUGGAGAUUGUUGUUGUUGUUCAUAAAACAGACACCAUCAGUUAUGCUGAAGAUUUGGAGAAAGUUUUGCCUCAGAUAGAUGGAAUAGGAGGAUUUUCU